UCUUCGUCUUCCGCGAUCCCCGUCGCGACUCCCGCCAGUCUGCAGACACCAGGGGAAGCGACGGCAAGGGCAGGCCGCAGAACAGAACAGACCAGGCCAGACCGCCACCACUGGGCACCGCGGCACCGCGCUCCGUCCGAGUCUCCGUCCGCGACCGACCAACCACCACCCGGCACGUCCAGCUCCGUGCAAGAAGUCAGCAAGAGCGGGGGUGCCGGUUCGGCUCUCUGUCAUUCAGUGAAUUCCACCCUGCCCCUGCGCUUUCUGGCCUUGCCGCUAGAGGGGUGUCUGCGGCUGUCGAAGUGUUUAAGGGUGUCUGAGGACGUCUGGUGGCGACUCUGCACCUUGACCACAAUGUCGCUCUGCCAGCGACUGGCGCAGGGCCUCCGGGCCGUGGAGGCGGGGGCGGGGGCGGUGCGCGGCCGAGGCAUGCUCGUGGUGCAGCAUAGAAACGCCUCCUCCUCCGGCCUCCGCUUCAGCGGCAUGCAGCCGCAGUUCGUGGACCGCAAGCGGCCCGUGCUGACGGACCGGUCGCAGCUCAAGCUGGCGCGCCGCCUGGUGGUCAAGCUGGGCAGCGCCGUCAUCACGCGCGAGGACGAGAUCGGGCUGGCCCUGGGCCGCCUGGCCUCCAUCGUGGAGCAGGUCGCCGAGUGCCACAAGGAGGGCCGCGAGUGCAUCAUGGUGACGUCGGGCGCCGUGGCCUUCGGCAAGCAGAAGCUCACCCAGGAGCUGCUCAUGUCGCUGAGCAUGCGCGAGACGCUGUCCACGUCCAAGGGCGAGGACAACCACGGCCACCCGCUGGAGCCGCGCGCCGCCGCCGCCGUGGGGCAGUCGGGGCUCAUGUCGCUGUACGAGGCCAUGUUCUCGCAGUACGGCGUCAAGAUCGCGCAGGUGCUGGUCACCAAGCCCGACUUCUACAACGAGGACACCCGCCAGCACCUCUUCUCCACGCUCAGCGAGCUCAUCUCCCUCAACAUCGUGCCCAUCAUCAACACCAACGACGCCGUCAGCCCGCCGCCCCAGGCUGACGACGAGGACGGCGGCAAGGGUGGCAAGAAGGUCAUCUCCAUCAAGGACAACGACUCGCUGGCCGCCAUGCUGGCCGCGGAGGUGCAGGCCGACCUGCUGAUCCUGAUGAGCGACGUGGACGGCAUCUACACGCUGCCGCCCGACCAGGAGGGCGCGCGCUUCCUGUCCACCUUCACGGCCGAGAUGGCGCAGUCGGUGCGCUUCGGCGAGAAGUCCCGCGUCGGCACCGGCGGCAUGGACUCCAAGGUGCAAGCCGCGACGUGGGCCCUGGACCGCGGCGUCUGCGUGGUCAUCUGCAACGGCAUGCAGGAGCAGGCCAUCAAGACCAUCCUGACGGGCCGCAAGCUGGGCACCUUCUUCACCAGCGGCAGCGCGUCUAGCGCCUCCACCGACGUGGUGGCCGAGCAGGCCCGGGCCGGCUCCCGCGACCUGCAGCGCCUCACCCCCGGCGAGCGCUCCGCCUGCAUCCACCGCCUGGCCGAGCUGCUGCUGUCGCGGCAGGACGACAUCCUGGCCGCCAACGCGGCCGACGUCCGCGCCGCGUCGCGCGCAGGCCUGGCCCCGGCCAUGCUCUCGCGCCUCUCGCUGUCCCCCGCCAAGCUGAGGGGCCUGGCCGCCGGCCUCAAGCAGAUCGCCGACUCGUCGCACAAGAACGUGGGCCGCGUGCUGCGCAGGACCAAGCUGGCCGACGGGCUCAUGCUCAAGCAGGUCACCGUCCCCAUCGGCGUGCUGCUCGUCAUCUUCGAGUCCAGGCCCGACUGCCUGCCCCAGGUGGCGGCGCUGGCCAUCAGCUCGGCCAACGGACUGCUCCUGAAGGGCGGCAAGGAGGCCGCCAACUCCAACAAGCUGCUGGCCGAGCUCGUGAAGGAGGCCCUGAGCGAGUACGGCGCCGAGAACGCCAUCUCCCUGGUGUCGACGCGCGAGGAGAUCUCGGACCUGCUGUCCAUGGACCAGCACAUCGACCUCAUCAUCCCCCGCGGCUCCAGCGAGCUGGUCAAGAACAUCCAGUCGCAGAGCGGCCACAUCCCCGUGAUGGGCCACGCCGAGGGCGUCUGCCACGUGUACGUCGACAAGGACGCCGACCUCGCCAAGGCCCUGCGGAUAGUCCGCGACUCCAAGUGCGACUACCCCGCGGCGUGUAACGCCAUGGAGACGCUGCUGCUGCACGAGGACCUGGUGAACGGGCCCUUCUUCGAGGACGUGUGCAACAUGCUGAAGCGGGAGGGCGUGUCCCUCGUGUCCGGGCCCACGCUCAACCAGAGGCUCACCUUCGGCCCGCCGCCGGCCAAGGACCUGCGCACCGAGUACUCGGACCUCAAGUGCGCCGUGGAGACCGUCAAGGGCGUCAAGGAGGCCAUCAGCCACAUCCACACCUACGGCAGCGGCCACACCGACGUCAUCGUCACGGAGAACUCGGCCGUCGCCGAGCAGUUCCAGCGCGACGUGGACAGUGCCUGCGUCUUCCACAACGCCAGCUCCCGCUUCGCGGACGGCUACAGGUUCGGCCUGGGCGCCGAGGUGGGCAUCAGCACCGGGCGCAUCCACGCGCGAGGCCCCGUCGGCGUGGAGGGCCUGCUGACCACCAAGUGGGUGCUGUCCGGUGACGGGCACGCCGCCGCCGACUUCGCGGAGGGCGGCUCCAGGACGUACGUGCACGAGACCCUGCCCGUCGAAGAAUGACUGCCCGGCCCGAGCGAGGCCGCCGUCGCCGCCGCCACGGCGGAGAACUGCAGCCCGCGCGCUGCCGACGACCGCCGUCCUCCUGCACGGCGUCCUGGCCUCGUCGCCCGCCUCCUCGCGAGGCUGUUCGGCGGGGAGGUGGCCGCCUCCGCCCGGAAGUGAUCCGCGCUGCCGUCGGACAGUGUGACAGUGUGACACGCCCGGUGGGUCACGGAGUCACGGCCGCCCCUGAAAGGACUGAAGGACUAAGGGACUGAAGCGCGAGAACAAAGGGCGACCUUUCGCCGGACGAGGACCGAGGGCAGGCCGACAGGGCGGCAGGGCGGCAGCGGCCCGGGUUCGACUCCCCGCCCCGCCGCUCCCAUCGUGCCCCUUUUGUACAUAUCAUCGCCCCCCAUCAUUUACCUGUGAAUAAACCAUGUAGGCUAAGGCUGUUUCUCGAGGCG